GGUCGCAAGCCAUGGCCUGGGCUUCUGUCCUGAUCAUGCUGCUGGCCCACCUCACAGGUUGUGGCCCUCAGCUCGUGUUGCAUCAACCACCAUCUGCCUCUUCCUCGCUUGGAACCACCAUUCGUCUCACCUGCGCCCUGAGCAGCAACCAUAACAUCGACAUUUACAGCAUUUACUGGUACCAGAUGAGGCCGGGUCACCCUCCCAGGUUCCUGCUGGGACAUUUCCCACACUCAGACAAGCCCCGGGGUCCCAAGAUACCCGCUCGCUUCUCCGGAUCCAAAGACGUGGCCAGGAACCUGGCAUAUCUGAGCAUCUCUGAACUGCAGCCUGAGGACGAGGCUGUGUAUUACUGCUCCAUGGGGCCCCGGAACCAGGAAAGGGAGAAGUGGAUGGAGAGGGAGAGAGGAGGAGAAAAGUAG